GGUGUGCUAGCGCAGCGCCGCAAACCCACUGUGCUGCGUAUGGUGCUGGAGGCGCUGCAGGAGGGUGAGCAGCGGCAGGGCACCUCGGUGGUGGCCAUCAAGCAGUUCAUCCUGCAGAAGUACCCAACGGUCAACGUCAUCCGCCUCAAGAACCUGCUGAAGGAGGCCCUGGCCAAGGGUAUCAACCGUGGCCUCCUCAUCCGGCCCGUCAACUCCAAGGCCAGGGGGGCCACUGGCAGGUUCAAAUUAGUUGCCAAGAAAAAACGGAUAGUCCAUCCCAAAAAGACAUCCACGGCUAUGGCCACCAAGGAGAAGAGCCUCAAGGACCCCAGGAAGACAAAGAAGGACCCCCCCGGUUCAAAUGAGGCAAAAACAGGAUCCAUGAAACCCGCUCAGGUGAAGCAGGCCAUCCCCAAGCCAGGCACAGCCAAGGAGAAGGCACCUAGGAAAGAUGCCAAGGCCGUGGCUACGGUGGCAAAGCCGGGUAAAGCCAAGAAAGGAUCCCCCAAACCAGAAAAGGCUAAAAAGGCCCCUUCCGGUGCUGCCAGGCUCAGCAGGAAG